GUUGUCUGCCAUCGGAGGAGAUCAGUUUGCUAGCGGAACAACAGCAGCAGCAGUAGUAGUGGAUGGUACAGAUUCCGCAUCAGUUACUGAUCUAAGACCGGGAUUUAUUUCUUCAGUUGGCGUUUAUAUGAAAAAAUAAGGAGACAUUUGUAUCGUAUGGAAUGAAAACCUCACAGAGAUAUAUUGACUCCAAUCCAGCUGCUCGGUUUGCUGACAUGGAGUGGCAGACACCAGCUGUGUCAGAGAAGUUCCAAAGUCGUUUUGGCCGCCGGCCUGGAACAUCAGACAGUGGGGACACUGGUCUUGGCACUUCAGCAUCUGACAGCACAGAAGAUUUCUGCAGUUCCAGCAGCAGCCCAUCUUUCCAGCCCAUCCGCAGUCAGAUCCCCAUCCCCACUGCACAUGUCAUGCCAUCCACAGCUGGCGCCCCGGCCUCUAAACCACAGUUAUUUGGCCAGGAGGACUCCUUGUCCUCAGCUGAGGGUCACAGGUCUUCCUCAGGAUCAAGAACCCCAAGUGGCUCCACUUCAAAGUCUUCCUCUCUUUCCAAAUCAUUAUCUUCACCAAACUUGGAUGCUCAGGCCGGUGUAGGACUCGAUCAUGUGGGACGCAAGCCAGACUGCCUGAGCCGCUACCGCAGCCUCGUCAACGGGCUGGACCACUCGCUGUUCCCCACCGACCACACGCGGGUGGAUGAGGCCCAGAGGUUUGACACUCCCGCUGUGGAACCUACUCUAAAUCAGUCAGCCCUGUUGAGCGGAUUAUGUCCUGAUGUCAGACUCCAGUUACAGACAACUGGGAUCAGAGACACCCAGGACUGCGUGUCCGAGGCCUACAGAGGAAGUAUGGACCACAGCUAUAAGGUUCUGCCUGAAGCCAGACUCGGCCUCUCUGGCGCGGCAGAGGUCUCUAAUCAGAGGGCUGCUCAGCCUGGUGCAGCUGGAUCUGCUGGAGUUUAUGCAAACUCUCUCAGUCUGCAGACACAGGCCCUGCUUAGGGAGCACACAAGCCCAAAGGGUUAUGAUCCUCUGCGGCAGGACAGAUGUAGUGAACUUUCUAGCUGGCAGCAAAAGCAGCAACUGGAAAGUUUGCGCCUACAAGUGGAACAAAUGCAGGCAACAACAGGAGGCUACAAGCUCCCAACCUCAUCUAAUCUCCCUAGCAGCCUGUUGCCUUCGUAUCCACUACACAGCUCUUUGUGCCACUCGUACUGCACAAAAUACCACUGCCAGAGAAAGUUAGACUACUGGGCAUAUAGACGUUUAAUGAAUGCAGGAGUGGGUCAGUACCCACCUCUAUACCCUACCCCUCUUCACUCAGAAUCAGGCAAGUGGGACGCUCUGGUCAAGGCCAGUGAGAGUCUGCUGAAGGAGAAGGAGCUCAUCAUUGAGAGGCAAGUGCAAAAGCAGCACAUGGCCCAGUUGGAGCAGCGUCUGAGGGAGAGUGAGCUUCAGGUUCAUGGAGCCCUCCUGGGCCGAGGGACGUCUUUUGGGGAUAUGUGUAUGCUGCGUCUCCAGGAGGCUCAGAGGGAGAACGCAUUCCUGAGGGCACAGUUUACCGAGCGCACUGACUGCGUUGCCUUGGAGAAAGCAGAGGCAGAACGCAGGCUGGGGGCGGUUGAGGCUGAAACACGGCGACUAACUGAGAACAUGAAGGAAGCCUGCGAGAGGCACGUAGAGGAGAUGAAGAAACAGGAAGAAAGGAUCCGCAGCCGCGACAAACACAUCAACAACCUGAAGAAGAAGUUUCAGAAGGAGGCGGAGCUGAAGAGGGAGAACCAGCAGCGGAUCGAGACUCUGGAGCGCUACCUAGCAGACCUGCCUACGUUGGAGGACUACCAGAGCCAAAACAAACAGCUCCUGGAGGCUGAACAACAGGCAGCUCAGCUACAAGAGAAAGUCCGAGAACUGGAAGCCAUCCUGGACACCACUCACUCCCAGCUGCGGGAGAAAGAUGCUCAGCUGGAGGAGCAGAAGCGCAGAGAGAGAGACCUGCUGACAACUAUUACCGAUAUGCAGCAGCGGGUGCAGCAGGGCCUUGAGGAUGGAGCCAGACUUCCAUGUCUGGAUAUUGAGAAACUUAGAGGAGAGAACAACUCCUUAAAAGAGGAGCAGCAGAGACUCAAAAAGGUCAUAGAGAAGCAGCAUCGGAUGAUGGAACAGCUGGGCUCCCAGAUUCAGGCUUUAGAGGAGCAAAUAUCUCAGGAAGAAGGCAGCUCACAGGCUCUCAGAGAGGAGGUACUGGCCAAAGAGCAGAGUGUGUUGGAGCUGCACGCCGCCAUGAAGGAGCUGUCGGCUCAGAACCAGGAACUGAUGGAGCAGAAUCUGACCCUGCAGGAGCAGAUGAGUGACGCGGAGCAGAGGAGCGCUGACCAGGCCUCCUCUGUACUACAGCCUGCUGGAGCUCUUCUCACGCAGAGUCUGCACUCAGAGAUCGCUUCCUGCCUCAGUGAUCUGCGCUCCCUGUGCAGCAUCCUGACUCAGCGAGCACAGGGCCAAAACCCCAACCUCUCCCUGCUGCUCGGGCUCACCGCCCCUCCAGCUGUGGCCGAGCAGGACGAGGACUGGAUGAAUCCAGAUGUUCUGCAAAAGAAGCUGCUUGAAGCCCAACAGCUUCGACGGGACGUGGAGGGACUCCGCAAUGCGAUACUGGACCGUUAUGCACAGGACAUGGGCGAAAACUGCAUUACUCAGUAGCCCUGACAUCCAGGGGAUGUCUUUCAUGCAGAGUAAAUGACUGUCAGAAAGAGGACUGGAGUUUUAACUUUUCUUCUAUUGAGGACAUAAGAAAGCCCAAAAGGUUUAGCUUCUGCUUUUCUCUGGACUGACUGAACAUAGUCUGAAGCCUGCCUGUAGCUCAGAGCCUUCCCUUCCCCCUGGUGAGUUCAUCUAUUUCAGUCCAAGGGCUAACAGAAAAUAACUUACCUCUAAUACUUGAUCCUUUGAGCAUUGUGUGUGUGUGUUUUUUUUAUAAUGACAACAUGAUAUUGUCCGUUACCAAACAGUCUUAUACUUAGUUCCAAACUAGUGGAUAACUCUUUGUGUAGAAGUCCCACAGAUAUAAUGUAUUUAAAUCCUGUUUUCCCUGUUUGGGGGAAUGAUCCUAAAGUGGUUGACAAUCAACUGAAAAUACUUUAACCUGUGCUUUUAAACAAUUUAGCAAAGAAAAUGUUACUAAUGCGCCAUUAUUUCAAAUGGUGAAACUGUAAUGUUACACUCUGCUGUGAUGUAUAGGAUGUAACAACUGAAAGGUAUGACACCAAAUCAGCUUUUCACACCAACAGGCCUACAACAGAUUUAUUACCAAAGAAACUCCAGGCGAAGCAGUGAGGUGUUUGUGGACGCAGGCGGCGCUCUGUCUGCUGCAGCCGUUGUUUUGAUUGAACACCAGCGUGUGCCUUUGUCACGUAUGCAAAUAGAGCUCAGACCAACCAGAAGGGCUGUCAGCAUCUUCCAAACAGGACCUUUCUGUCAGAGUAUCAACCAGUAGGAUAGUCAUUACAUUCCCUGACUUUGAAUGUAGAAAACCUUGGGCCUUAUGAUGGCAAAUAUUCAAAAUGGCCCUAAAUGUUUCUGUUUCUGGUAGAUUAUUGAAUUAAAGUGGAAAAGUCUGGGUGAGCGUGUAGAAUUUACUAUAUGGAUUUAUUUUUUAUUUAAGAUGAUAACUGACCCGUGUUAAGCAGAGUUGUUAACUGAUAACUGUAUGACUUAGAAACAGUAUUAAUCCUCAGUAUUAUUUAUUUGUUUUUGGCGUGCUUCGACAACUGGGUGUGAGAACUCUGGAUCUACCGAACAUGUUGCUGUUAUAAUGUGCUAAUGUGUUCUGACAACCUUGGCGUCCAUGAUGUGUAAAGGUCCCAUGAAGUGGCUUUUAGAUUGUAUUUUUUUCUCUGUGGUUUGUUGUGAUCAGAUGUUGGAGGAGGGCCGAUUGUCCUCAGGUGUUAAUCCCAUGGGAUGAUGAUUGGACGGGCUGGCUGGAUCAGCCCUCAAUCAGUCAUGGUUUACUGGAGGAAAUAUGUUUUUAUUUUUCUUAUUUGUCCAGAGUACAGGAUAAGCCAUUUGGAGGAAAAAAUGUCACUUUACAGGAAAAGAAAAGGGAUUCUAACACAAAAAUAUGCAACAGUGGCUAUUUUGUCUUUGUUAAUGUACAGAGCACCUCUCCCAGGGACACACAAGCCAUUCUUCAUUUCAUGGGACCUUUAAACUUCAGUAGCACAAAAUUUCCCUUUGGAAAGUCAGGCUCCACAUGCCUUAACAUCUCAAGUGUUUUUGCAAAAGGGAAAAAAAAAGACCUUUCUAUUUUCAUACUUUUGUUCUUGUUUGUAUUUGCCAAUUUUAGAAAUAAAGAUUUUCAACAUUUGGUUGUGGUUUGAUCUGCUGCAGAUUCGUCAGGUCGAGAAACGACAAACCCCCAGAAACCGCUGAUAAUUAAGGCAUAAGGGGCUGUUUUUUGACC